GGGAAGAAUGAAGAUUUACCGCGGUUUAAGAAUUAUCACACAUAUAUAUAUUAUAUACUCCAAGUUGUUCCUUUUGAUCCUGACCUGUUCUGCGACUUGUUGUAAAUUACACCCUGGUAAUUCUUAAUGCAGCAAAUUUUCCUCUGCCUGACAGACGUUCAGUCGUUUACAUUUAAAAUUUAAAGAUUCUAAGAUGCCUGCAAACAGAGAAGAAGAUGAUCCUAACACUUUCAGGAUUCUUCUUGCCACCGACUCUCACCUGGGAUAUUGUGAAAAAGAUCCGAACCGCGGUAACGAUUCUCUCGUUUCAUUUGAGGAGGUGCUAGAAAUAGGCCGAAAAAAUGACGUUGACUUUAUCCUGUUGGGUGGCGAUCUGUUCCAUGAAAACAAACCGUCACGGAAAACCAUGCACGGCUCCAUUGCCUUGUUUCGUAAGUACUGCAUGGGAGAUCGACCAGUGCAGUUUGAAUUCCUCAGCGAUCAGUCGAUUAAUUUCGAACACUGUCAGUUUCCCAUUCUGAACUAUGAAGAUCCAAAUCUGAAUGUCUCCAUGCCAGUGUUUUCUAUUCAUGGUAACCAUGACGAUCCAACAGGAGUUGGAAAUUUGUGUUCCUUAGAUAUUCUUCAUUCUUCUGGGCUCGUGAAUUAUUUUGGCAAAACGACAUCGCUGGAGUAAAUACAGCUAAGUCCGCUUCUUCUUCAGAAGGGAAACACAAAACUGUCGAUAUACGGCUUGGGUUCGGUCCGGGACGAGCGUUUACACCGGAUGUUCUUGCACAAAAACGUUACAAUGCUUCGCCCUAAGGAGAACCAAGACGACUGGUUCAACAUGUUCGUCAUCCACCAAAACCGGUCGAAACAUUCGGCAACAAAUUACAUCCCCGAACAAUUUCUUGACGAUUUUCUCGACCUCGUGUUUUGGGGUCACGAGCACGAAUGUCGAAUCGAGCCUGAGUGGAACGGGACUCAGAAUUUCUACAUCACGCAGCCAGGCAGCAGCGUAGCGACAUCACUGAGCGAGGGAGAGGCGGUGAAGAAGUACGUGGGCCUGUUACACGUGCACGGAAAGGAUUUCAAGCUGACAAAGAUUCCGCUGGAGACGGUGAGACAGUUCUACGUGGACAACAUCGUGCUGGGUGAGACGAGCAUCGACCCAGACGAUCACAAGGUCACAGAGAAUGUGGAGGCGUUCUGUGUGGAGAAAGUGGAAGCACUGUUAGACCGAGCAGCUAGAGAACACACAGGAAACCGUAAGCAACCAGAAAAGCCAUUAAUUCGACUGCGCAUAGAUUACACAGGAUUCGAACCAUUUAGUGUCUACAGGUUUGGUCAGAAGUUUGUGGACCGCGUUGCUAAUCCCCGUGACGUGGUGUUGUUUCAAAGGAAAAAGAAAGUUGUUGGACUUAAAAAAGAAGGCAGUGAUGCAGAUGCUGAGAUGUUGGCAAACAUUAAACCACAGUCGCUGGACAGUGCGCGGGUUGAAGAUCUCGUCAGAGAGUAUUUCUGUACAGUCGAGAGUGGCAGCCAGCUGCAGGUAUUGACAGAGAAAGGCCUGGGAGAAGCUGUCAAGGAAUACGUGGAUAAGGAUGAGAAAGAAGCUAUUUCAGAGUUAGUCAAGUACCAAGUGGGAAAAACAAGGGAUUAUUUGAAGCUACGUAAUGCUGACGAGGAGGUACUCGACGUUGAAAUCAACAGAUUCAAGGAAAAUAGAAAGAAGAAGAACGAAGAGGAUGAUGACGUGAAGGAGGCAUUAAAGAACGUUCGCUCCCAGCCGAGAAACAGCGAUAUGUUUGACAAUGACAGCGACCACUCUGACAACGAGUCUGACGUCUCAGUGACGGGGAGAGGCAGGGGCACGAGAGGACGGGGUCGGGGGAGGGGGGCGGGCAGUGGUGAAGGAGAGCCUGCUAGAGGAGGUAGGGGGAGUCGCGGCGGAGGGCGUGGCUCUCGAGGAAAGAAACAGCCGGUGGUGUCGGACAAAGGGUUAAAGUCAGUAGCCGAUGUGUUUGCACCCUCUGGGACGUCUUCCUCAUCAUCACGGUCUUGGAAGAAAACGGGGAGCAAAUACCAAGAUGAUGAUGAUGACGAUGACAUCAUUGACCUGUCCGAUGGAGAUGAUGACAUGUUUCUUGGACGGAAUGCGUCAACAAGCAGCAGACAGAAAUCAAAGAAAACACCGGUCGAAAAACGGAGCAUCGUCAUUGAUGAUGAUGAUGACAGUGAUGAUGACUUGCUUCCUGUAAGGAAGAGAAGAAGAUGAUCACAACAGUCAUCUAAAGCAGAGCGGCGCUGAACAAAGAAAACCUUGUAUCAGCAUUUUUUAUGUUUUUCAGCAGACAACAGAAAAUGUUUUGUUACAAGCUGUUUCAGUGUAAGAAAUGGCUCUUUAAGAACUAUAACAUGAAGAAUAAAGGCUUUAUUUUUCAUAUUAUAGUUCUUAACCUUUAGACUACUGGAUUAAUUUUUAACAAAAACCACGUUGAGUGGGUACAAGUUUAUAAUUUUUACUCACAUAUAUUCACUUAAA